AACUGAGGGCCUGGACCGUCUCCUAUGUCAGUGAGACUGAAGAUCCGGAGGAGCCGCGGCUAAAAAAGGCGAAAGGUCCUUCAGAGGAGUCCGGAGAUGAGGAGGAGGAGUCACAGGAGCACAUCCUGAGCUGCCAGCGCUACGGCUCCAUCAUGAGAGAAGGACGGGAUCGGGUGGUGACGCUGGGGGCCGACCGGACGAGGCGCUUCCUGGCCUGUCAUGGAACAGAUUCUUGGCUGGAAGUUUUCUGUGUCCUGAAUGAAGAAGAAAUCUCCAAGAAGAUGGAAAGAAAGCGGAAAAAAGCCAAAAAGAAACAGGAGGAGCCGGAGGUGGAGCAGACUCUUCAGGACGAAAUCGUGAAGUUUGGGAAAAUUAAAGCCACCUCGAAAAUCAAAUCAUGUGACCUGCUGCUCUCUAGGGGGGAGCUGAAGGUGGUGGUCCUGCUGCAGAAUAACAGUGUAGAAUGCUUCUCCAUGGGGGCCGAUCCUACAGGGGCCGGGGCCGUAGAGAGUACAAAGAGUUCCCGCCUCACCCUGGGGGGGCACCGCAGCGACGUCCGGACCCUGGCGUUCAGCUCCGAUAAUAUCGCCGUGCUCUCCGCGUCCGCUGAGUCGGUGAAAAUCUGGAACAGGUCUACGCUGCAGUGUAUCCGCACCAUGUCAUGUGACUACGCCCUGUGCUCGCUUUUCGUUCCCGGUGACAGACACGUUAUAGUCGGCACCAAGUCCGGAAAGCUGCAGCUGUUUGAUUUGGCGUCGGGGACUGAGCUGGAUGCCGUGGACGCUCAUGAUGGCGCCGUCUGGUCCAUCGCCUUGUCACCUGACCAGCGCGGAUUCACCACUGGGGGAGCCGACAAGUGCGUCAAGUUCUGGGAGUUUGAACUGGUGAACGACGAAAGCGACGCCCAGAGCAGUCGGCGGCUGGCGGUGAAGCAGAGCCGGGUGUUACAGAUGGACGAGGACGUGUUGUGUGUGCGGUUCAGUCCGGACGGUCGACUCCUCGCCGUGUCCCUGUUGGACUGUACGGUGAAGAUCUUCUUUGUGGACACGCUGAAGUUCUUCCUGUCUCUGUACGGACACAAGCUGCCGGUGCUGUGUAUGGAUAUCUCACACGACAGCGCCAUCAUCCUCACUGGUUCCGCCGACCGCAACAUCAAGAUCUGGGGUCUGGACUUUGGGGAUUGUCACCGCUCUCUCUUCGGCCAUGAUGACAGCGUCAUGUUCCUGCAGUUCGUGCCCAAGACGCACUUGUUCUUCAGCGCAGGGAAGGAUCGGAAGGUGAAGCAGUGGGACGCCGACCGAUUCCAGCAAGUGCAGACCCUGGAGGGCCACCAUGGAGAGGUGUGGUGUUUGGCCAUCAGCCCCAAUGGCGACCAUAUUGUGUCCUCGUCACAUGACAAGUCCCUGCGCCUGUGGGAGAGAACGCGGGAGCCGCUGAUCCUGGAGGAGGAGCAGGAGAUGCAACGUGAGGCAGAGUUCGAGGAAAGCGUGGGGAAGGGCGACCAGCCGGUGGUCGCCGGGGAGAAGGAAGGUGAAGCUGCGCUGGCUGGAAAGAAGACUAUCGAGACGGUGAAGGCGACUGAGCGCAUCAUGGAGGCCGUGGAGCUGCACAGAGAAGAGAGCGACAAACUGGAGGACCAUCGGGCGUUGUGCAAGGCUGCGGGGAAGGAGCUCCCCAGGAAAAUCCACCCGAUCCUGCAGGCGUACGGGAACAUAUCGUCAUCUGACUAUGUAAUGGAUGUGAUAAAGAAGGUGCGGUCCAGCGAGCUGGAGGAGUCCCUCCUGGUCCUUCCCUUCUCCUAUGUCCCGGACCUGCUGACGCUCUUCAGAGAUUAUAUUCGGCGCAGUCAGGACGUGGAGCUCGUCUGCCGCUGCCUCUUUUUCCUGCUCAGGAUCCAUUUUGGGGAGAUCACCAGUAACCAUAUGCUGCUGGGCGUUAUGGAGGACCUGAAGGGCUGCACCAUCUCGCGGGUGUCUGAGGUUCGGGACGUGAUGGGGGUGAACAUGGCCGCCCUGCAGUAUCUAAAGAGAGAGAUCGAAGCCAAAGAGGAGAUCCUGUUCUUCACAGACGCCACCGGGAGGUUCGAGGAAAAGAGGAGGAAGCGGAAAAAGAAGGAAAAGCUGCUGCUGACCCUCGCGUGAGGAGGAAGCUGAAAAAGGAAAAGCUGCAGCUGACCCUCGUGUGAGGAGGAGGCGGAAAAAGAAGGAAAAGCUGCAGCUGACCCUCGUGUGAGGAGGAGGCGGAAAAAGAAGGAAAAGCUGCAGCUGACCCUCGUGUGAGGAGGAGG